UCCCCAGCCACCCUCGCUGACUCACCCCAUCCAGCCUCCCACUCGCUGGGUGCAGGCUUUGGCACCCCAAAGCCUGACGAGGAGGCACCGGAAGCAACUAUAAAAGCUGCCUGGGUUCAGGCCCAGCAUUCUGCUUGGCUGCCACCUGCUGCCUCACCAUGCUGGGAGGCCUGGGGAAGCUGGCUGCUGAGGGCCUGGCCCACCGCACUGAGAAGGCCACCGAGGAAGCCGUUCAUGCCGUGGAGGAGGUGGUGAAGGAGGUGGUGGAACACGCCACGGAGGCUGGAGAGAAAGCUAUUGCCGAAGCCUUAAAGAAAGCCCAUGAGUCAGGGGACAAAGUGGUGAAGGAAGUUACUGACACCGUGACCAACACAGUUACAAAUGCUGUCACACACGCAGCAGAGGGCCUGGGCAAAUUGGGGCAAUGAGCACACUCACUACCACCGCUACCCAUCCUGAAUCUCAAUAAAAGCUGUGAAACAUGUAAACCAAGUCCUGGUUUUAUUCCUGUUUGGGUGGAAACACAAGUAAUGUUCAGUGGGCACAAUGUGCAUGUCCCCUGCUCCGCACAGGCAGGAGGCCAGCAGGUUGGGCAUCGGCUGGCAGGGUUUAUAGGGUUCCUAGGGUUAAUCCCAUGCUCUCUCUCAUUAGGCCUUCCCACAACACAAGGCCCUCUUACAGAAUUGUCAGUGUCUGUGCUGCAUUUCCUAAAGGGUUAUUUUCCCAGAUACCAUCAGUGCUUCAAGGGCACCUCAAGGGAGGACCAUCUUUUGGCUUACACAUUCUUUGGGUUUUCCUUGAAGUAUUCUAGCAGGAGCCAGGGAAGAUAAGUGAACUACCUGAUUGAGAGUUUAGCGAGGGAGGCUCAGAUCAUUUGAGCCGCUUCAUGUUCUGAAAGGGGCUUCAGACAAACAUUUCUGCUGGUCAGUUAUGGAGUCAGUCAAGAGGACCUGAAGCCACCGCUUACUGGGUGUUGAAGCCAUGUUGUAGCUUCACUGGGAGCCUUGUAUUAGACCAAAUCAUUGGUAGUGGGCAAGAAUGUUUGGCCUUCUCUCUUUCUUGACAAUAGCAAGUUGAUGCCAUACAAGUUAAACAUGUUUAAGUAGCAUUUAGGGUCCCAAACCCAGACCCAGUGCCAUCAAAUCGAUUCCUUUUAAAUUAAAAAAAGGAAAUGAUUUGUAAAGAUACUGCAUCCUCUGUCUUGCUGGAGGCUACUUGUUCUUAGCAGAAUUUCGAAGGCGUUUUGAUCAAGGAAUGAGUUAGUGCUCUCUUUUAGAAUUACCCUUACAUUUUCAAACAGCCUAGGAAUACCCAAUGGCUUUGGAGUAUUUGCCACCGUUCAGCUAGAUCUGGACCUUGUAUCUUGGUUUGGUUCCUGAUGACUUUUGAAUUCCCCAAAUUCGAAUCCAAGCUAAAAAGGAUCCGGUGGCAAUGUAAGCGAUCUUCUUACAGGACGUUAGUCUUCAGAUAUGCACAGGUACAUAAAAACCAAACCAUUGCCGUCAAGUCGAUUUUGAGUCACAGCGGCUCUAUAGGACAGAGUAGAACUCCCCUUAGGGAGUGGCUGGUAGAUUCAAACUGCUGACCUUUUGGUUAGCAGCUGAUCUUUUAACCACAGGUAUAUAAAAAAACCAGGUAUAUACAGGUGCUCAAAGUCAUGUUGCAUGUUCUAACAGCAAGAGAAGACACAACUUAAAAUGUUAAUCAAAAAUCACUUGGAUGGCAAGUUUUGCUCUGCUUACUAGGUUUGACACACAACUUAGAGUGGAUAUGUAUUACUUCUAGUGUAGUAUACACAACUUAGCUUGAAAAAGGAGACGUGCCUGGAUGGGGACUGGCUAACAAAUAUUGCAUAUACAUGAAAUAGUCUGUAGCUGUUAAGAAGAAUAAGGAAAAUGUACAUACCUUACGUGGGAAUAUGUCCAAACAAGGCAAUUAGUUAUACAAUACAUAUAUUCAGUAAGUUCACUUUCAUAAACAGAUAUUAUGUAGGAAUUAUAUAGAAAUAGAAAAAAAAACCUGUUAGCAUAUAUAGCAAACAUAUUCACAGUGGUCACCACUGUGUGUG